AUGAAAAAAAAGCACAAAAGCCCAUGAAGAUCCUAAAGGGUAUAAAAGUAGUUCAACACAUAUCAAAGCCAGCUAAUGUCAAACUUUCCUCCUUAACUUCAGAUCAAAAGUCUUGGUUUCUUGAAAUUCCUCAAGACUUCACUAUUCAUUUCCCAAGCAAAGCAAAGUCAUGAGCUUGGUGAUGAUGAUGAUGAAGUUCUUGGUUCUCUUUGUUUAUUCCAUCUUCAUCUUCAGUGUUGGAGCUCAAGAGAGCAACCCGUCCGUGCAAGACGCUCUUCGGAACUUCGAGCCGAGCCUCGCGAUAGUCAUCGGCAUACUCUCCAUUUUGUUCUCUCUGACGUUCCUCCUCCUCAUCUACGCCAAGUUCUGCCACGGCCCGCCUGCAGGAACGGCACCCGCAGGUGGUGCUGGUGCUGCAGGAGGCUCCGUGCACAACGGCAGCCUCCUGGAGUUCCAGGCAGGACUGGUCCGGUCAAGAUCCCAGUCCUCUGGGCUGGACAGAACAGUGGUGGAAUCCCUCCCACUGUUCAAAUUCUCAUCCCUGAAGGGCUCGAGAGACGGGCUCGAGUGCGCAGUCUGUCUCUCGAGAUUCGAAGACCCGGAAAUCCUCAGACUGCUCCCGAAGUGCAAGCACGCCUUCCACGUCGGGUGCAUCGACCAGUGGCUCCAGAAGCACUCCACUUGCCCUCUCUGCAGGCACAAGAUCGGCUCGGACGAUCUUGCCAGCCUGCAGUACUCCAGAAGCCUGAGGUUUCUGUGGAGUAACCGCCACCAGCAGCCCGAAGCGGCGAGGGACGACGAGCAGACGACGAAUCUUGAAGUCCAUAUUCACAGGCUGGAGAAUUCGAGAUCUUGGUCUUCGAGGUUCAUUAGAAAGUCUGGGAUCAAGAAACUGAAUCACAGGAUCAACAUAGUGUCUGCAGAGGUAGUGUUCAAGAACAGGUGGAGCAAUGUGAGUUCUUCUGACCUCAUGAUCUUAACCUCGGAGAUGAUCCUUGACUCAACCAGCAGCAGAUUCUCAUCGCUGGGCAGAAACUCCAUUGAUCGCCACAGCUCCACUGCUGCGCGGGUGAUCGCAGAGCCCGAUCCGGUUUUCGCCAAGAAGAGCAAUAAUAAUCAUGAGACCUGCCCUUCUUCUUCUUCUUCAAAUUCAAGAAUUGUUUCGAAAACGAUGUCGGAGAUCGUAAUCCAUCCAAGAUUCAGCUUGAAAAACAACAAUGGGUCUGAUCUGUCAGCAGAAGAUGAUAGAAAUGUGAAGGAGGAAAGGAGGAGGAAGGCCUGGCUCCCAAUUGCCAGAAGAACAGUUGAAUGGUUUGCCAGCAGAGAAAGAAGACAGUCCAUAAAUGUAUAGACAUUUAUUAUGUGUUUGCUUUAGAUUAUAGCAAAGCAUAAAUCUUUACACUGUUGUAUUGUUGCAAUUCCCAAAUUCUUUAAUCUUGGUAUUGUUCUUUUUUUUUUUUAUGUCACUACACAUCAAAAUUUUGGAAGUAUUUUAGUUUGAUACGCUAGGUGUAGUAAAUAUUACUAGGAAUU